AAUGAUUACCGGUGGGCGGCUCCUUCUCGGCCGCGCUCCCGCCUCGGGGCGGCCCGAGCGUGGCCCCGCCCGACGCCUUCCCAGAGCGCCCGGCGUCGCGGUAGGGGGCUCCCUGCCACCUGCUGCUGCUGCCCGCCUCCGCGUCCGGCAUGGCUGGCAAAGCACACAGGCUGAGUGCUGAGGAAAGGGACCAGCUGCUGCCAAACCUGCGGGCCGUGGGGUGGAACGAGCUGGAAGGCCGGGAUGCCAUCUUCAAGCAGUUCCAUUUCAAAGACUUCAAUCGGGCUUUUGGCUUCAUGACAAGAGUGGCCCUGCAGGCUGAGAAAUUGGACCACCAUCCCGAAUGGUUCAAUGUGUAUAACAAGGUCCACAUCACCCUGAGCACUCACGAGUGUGCGGGCCUUUCAGAACGGGACAUAAACCUGGCCAGCUUCAUCGAGCAAGUAGCAGUGUCCAUGACAUAGACCCUGCCCUUCUCUCAGUUCUUCCGGGGAAGGGUGGGGGCACUGAACUGGGGAUCCAGAGAGGAAACUGGGGGAGCACCAAGAUGCUACUAUAGUCAAAACUGCCAAGUCGACCCUGCUGCCUCCAUUUAGGGGCAAGUCCUUGCUGUUGGAAGGAGAGGCCAACAUCACUGCUAAGACCAGUAACUUAGACCGGUUUUACCCCACAUCACUUUCAUCUUCCUUGAGGCUUUGUGAUGUGUACACUGAUUUGAAUAAGCUCUUCUUUCAUUACAACUCUCCAGAAAAAAUGACUUUAUUUCCAAGCUGUGUCUUAUUCCUUUUCUAAUUUACUUCCCAAAAAGCUGUGAUAAAAGCUGUGUCUAAGAUAAACAUAGUCUUAUGUUAGAAGCUAGGACCCUAGGGCCAUCUUUACCCUAUGUGACAAAAACUCAUGCACUUUUAUGCCUAAAAUAAAACUGUUGUUUCACUUGG